ACUACACAAGAUGUAUACAAAGCGGUCAUUGGGUGAUAAGAGAGAGUGGCAGCAACUUAAAGAGAAGAAGAAAAACUUGAGUUGCAGAGAAGAAGGCAGCGUGUUUGACAUAUACUUUUCUUUGCAUACUAAGCUUUGGGGGGUUCAUAGCACUUAGAAAAUGCAGGGAGGCAAAAAAAAAGAUACAAAGAAAGAAAAGUCAUGUGGAAGUAAAGCUUUAGUGGAGUAUCGGGCAGGUAAAGUUGAAGGGAAAAAGUGCAAGCAUGAGCAGUACAAAAAUUACUGCAGCAAGUCGAAUGGAAAACAGUUGCAACAUCAAGGUCGUAGUUUCACUUUGCAUAAUACCACUGUCACUUAUGGCAAUGCCGAUGGAUCAUAUGUAUCUUCAUCCACAACUAGAAUGACAGGGAGUGAUGGACUGACCAUCCUAGAAAGCAAUGAAGCUGAGACUUCUACAAGGCAAGGAAAACGCAAAAGCUCUGAGACUUCUACAAGGCAAGCAAAACGCAAAAGCUCUAAGACUCCUACAAGGCAAGCAAAACGCAAAAGCUCUGAUACUGCUGCAAGGCAAGCAAAACGCAAAAGCUCUAAUACUACUGCUACAAGGCAAGUAAAACGCAAGGUAUCUGGGGGACUUCAUAAUAAGGGCCAUUGCAAUCUGAAUGAAGGUGAGGCUAAUGAGCUUCUUCGAUUUGAACAUUCAUGGAAUGGAAAUGAUACGCGCAGCUGGUCUGAGAAUUUUAGUGGCUAUAAUGUUAUGAUUGAUGUCUCCGAGGACGACUCGUAUGAAUAUCACGAGGAUUAUUAUCGGUGCGGUUGACCGGAGGCAUCGACUUUUGAAGUGCUAACUUUUGAUAAGGCAGUUUUAGAUGUUAAUUUGCAGCAUGUGGCAUCUUUUGGAGUUGUAAAAAUGAUAUGGUUUUAAGUUAAGACUUUUGAAUAUCUAUGCAUGAAAUAAAGCCGGGGUAUUAUUUGUAACUCGAUCAACCAUAAGUUAAAUUUGAAAUCUAAACGGAAUUGGAAAAUGCCCUAAUUUCUUUCA